UCCGGCAUCGGUUGCACUUUUUGUGCUUUCACUAGCUUUUUGGGCAGUCUGGGAUACGCUUGACAAGCGUGGGUUGAGGCAUAAUGCCAUACGUCAAUUUCCCGGCCCUCCGGUAUGGCCACUAAUCGGUACAAUAUACUACACAAGUGGCCUGGAUCCAGCAAAAACAUUCACCACCCUUAGAAGGUUCCAUACCAUGUACAAUGGUUCCUACAAACUGUGGGUUAACAGUGGACUCUUUUCGCUCAACAUUACACGAUGUCAAGAGGCAGAACCGUUUCUGAACGGAACGCGAAACACAGACAAGAGCAUGCUGUACACAUUUUUGCAUCCGUUUCUCGGAAUCGGCUUGCUAACCAGUGGUGGCGAGAAAUGGCUUCACCGAAGACGUAUUCUCACACCCGCCUUUCACUUCAACAUUCUCAACGGCUUCUAUCGGACGUUCUGCGAAGAAAUUGAGAAACUGACCAAACUAAUAGAUGAACAAGUCGAGCAAGGUGUUUCGGAGAUCGAGCUGCAGUCAACAAUGUCCCAGUACACACUCAACACUAUUUGUGAAACAUCGAUGGGAGUGAAACUGGACGCAAUGGAAGGAUCGCUCGAGUACCGAAAAGGACUCUACAAGGUUGGCGAAUUUUUGCUACACCGUGUUGUCCGUCCGUGGUUGUACGUAGAUUUUGUUUUCUGGAUAUUGGGAUAUACCGGUAAGCUGGCUCGUCUGCUCAAACCAUUGCAUCAGUUUACAACCGCUAUCAUAGCUCAACGGCGUCAACUGUUUCGAGAAGGCCUUCUCGAUGAUGAAACUAGUGCUACAGCCGGCUUAGCUGAUAACACUUAUGGUAUCUCAUCGGCCAGUGGUAAGAAACGAUACGCUAUGCUGGACACACUUCUGGCUGCAGAAGCACAGGGCAUGAUCGAUGAUUCCGGAAUUCGAGAAGAAGUCGAUACCUUCACAUUCGAAGGUCACGAUACCACUGCAGCCGCUCUAAUAUUUAUCUGCCUAACGUUCUCUUGGGAAGCAGAGAUACAGGAUCGAGUCUAUCAGGAACUAUGUAAACUGCGCGAGGAACGUUCAUAUGGCGAUGAUCAAUACUUUCAGCUAUCUGACUUUGGUUCUCUUAAGUACUUUGAUCGUGUAAUCAAAGAGUGUUUACGGAUGUGGCCGCCAGUAGCGUUCAUCUCUCGUACUGUAUCCGAAGAAAUCUUGCUCCCAGACGGUCGUCGCAUCCCCUGCGGCUGUAUUGCAAACCUGCACAUUUUCGAUAUGCAUCGAGAUCCGGAAUGUUUUCCCAAUCCAGAACGGUUCGAUCCGAAUCGUUUU